AUGCUGAAGACUACACUGGAGCGAUGUACGUACCCUCAACGGCUUUGCUUCAACGGGACCUCAGCCACUCAAAUCGAAAGUGUGGAAUCAAAAUCCCAACGACAAGUGAACCAAGUCAUGACGCAAAACCAACGAUACGACGGUCGUCCAGAGCGACUGACGAAGCCCCCGUUCCUGACACCAGGAUCUGUGCGCACUUUUGGCAAUCUUCCAUUCAGCUCAGCCAUUCUUGCAAACCACCAGUCGGCACUACAGCAGAAACUUCAGCUUCAGAACUUCUAUCGUCCCGUUUGGCAGAUUGUCCCUCUGUGGAAAAUGGAUGAGUCGCCUCUCGGACGAGCCUAUACUGAUUUCCAUGAGCUGGCUAAAGCCAAUCCGUCGAGCACGGACGUCAGUCAGCAAUCCGAUCUCAUUGAGGCAACCCUUCUGUUUCGCAAACGCAGACCUACAGAUGAAUUUAACGCUGACAACUGGGCAAGCGAGUUUCAUUCAACUUUUGUAGACCCAGUCACUUACACUCUCAACAUCGCUGGCACGUACAUGCUCGCACGUCUCAUGAGAUGGCUCUUGAACCCCACACCCACCACGUAUGCAGCUCUUCCGGCGAUGAUCAGACCGACAUUGAGACAACGAAUGACGGUGCACCCAGCUUUUAUCGACAUCAUGGGCAUACCGCCGGUGAGAGACGCUCUCCUUGCGAAGAUGAGGGAUACCUUAGACGUAAUCAUGCAAGCAGGUUUAAAUGUGGACUGGCCUCAUUCAGUCAAUGAGGCACUCUUGUGUAGUCGCGUGACGAAUGUGCAAAAUCCAGACGAGGAUGUGAAGAUUUUCAUCUCACCACAAUUUGGAAUAGCCAUUGACAACAUACGAAAUUGGGUCUUUGGUCGAAAAAUCUUGACAGAAUUUCCAGAGCUUGUAACAUCGGGGAUCAAGAUUAGCGAAGAAGACACCAUUAGGCCCAAAGACAGAUGGCUCUAG